CUCGUCCUCUCUCCAACCGCUGCACAGCUCCAUUCCCUUAUUUAUCCCUUCUCUCAUCACCGUUAUUCAUCCAAUCUAGUCAAUUCUCUUCCACAAUGCGUGAGAUCGUUCAUCUUCAGACCGGCCAGUGUGGUAACCAAAUUGGUGCUGCCUUCUGGCAGAACAUCUCUGGUGAGCACGGCCUUGAUGGCUCCGGUGUCUACCAUGGUACUUCCGACCUUCAGUUGGAGCGUAUCAACGUUUACUUCAACGAGGCCAGUGGUCAGAAGUACGUUCCUCGUGCCGUCCUGGUCGACCUCGAGCCCGGUACCAUGGAUGCCGUCCGUGCUGGUCCCUUCGGUGAACUUUUCCGCCCCGACAACUUCAUCUUCGGCCAGUCCGGUGCUGGUAACAACUGGGCCAAGGGUCACUACACUGAGGGUGCCGAAUUGGUUGACCAGGUUGUCGAUGUCGUUCGUCGCGAGGCUGAGGGCUGUGACUCCCUCCAGGGUUUCCAGAUCACCCACUCCCUUGGUGGUGGUACCGGUGCCGGUAUGGGUACCCUCCUCAUCUCCAAGAUCCGUGAGGAAUUCCCCGACCGUAUGAUGGCCACAUUCUCCGUUGUCCCGUCCCCCAAGGUCUCCGACACCGUUGUCGAGCCCUACAACGCUACCCUCUCUGUUCACCAGCUGGUCGAGCACUCCGACGAGACCUUCUGUAUCGACAAUGAGGCUCUGUACGAUAUCUGCAUGCGUACCCUCAAGCUGUCCAACCCCUCGUACGGCGACCUCAACCACCUGGUCUCCGCUGUCAUGUCCGGUGUCAGCACUAGUCUUCGUUUCCCUGGUCAGCUCAACUCCGAUCUCCGCAAGUUGGCCGUCAACAUGGUUCCCUUCCCUCGUCUCCACUUCUUCAUGGUUGGCUUCGCUCCGUUGACCAGCCGUGGUGCUCACUCUUUCCGCGCUGUGAGCGUUCCUGAGUUGACCCAGCAGAUGUUCGACCCUAAGAACAUGAUGGCCGCUUCCGAUUUCCGUAACGGCCGUUAUCUCACUUGCUCCGCCAUCUUCCGUGGUAAGGUCUCCAUGAAGGAAGUUGAGGACCAGAUGCGCAACAUCCAGAACAAGAACCAGAGCUACUUCGUUGAGUGGAUUCCCAACAAUGUCCAGACCGCGCUCUGCUCCAUUCCCCCACGUGGCCUCAAGAUGUCCGCCACCUUCGUUGGCAACUCCACCUCUAUCCAGGAGCUCUUCAAGCGUGUCGGUGACCAGUUCGCUGCUAUGUUCCGUCGCAAGGCUUUCUUGCAUUGGUACACUGGCGAGGGUAUGGACGAGAUGGAAUUCACUGAAGCUGAGAGCAACAUGAACGACCUUGUCUCCGAAUACCAGCAAUACCAGGAUGCGUCCAUCUCCGAGGGCGAGGAGGAGUACGCUGAGGAGGAGGUUCUCGAAGAGCAGGAGUAAACUGUGGUACAAACCUUGACUUGAAUUCAGAUGUGCUCGUCUAAUACCCUUGAUAAUCCUCUAGGACUUUGGUCUGUUAUGCAGGUCUUGGUCUACUAAUUUGUUUGAGCGUUAACUUAUUUUGUAAUUCCAUGGUGCCCAGUCUUCAGUGAGUCUGAAGUUGAAUUGAAUA